AUGCUCAGUGGCGGAUUUCCAAACCCGCCCAUGUCGCCGCGGACUCCAGUUGACGCGGGCGUCACCGGCGCUCUGGUUGAUGAUAAGCCAGGUACGAAAGAUAAAACAGGACCCUGUGGAGGACGUUUGCUGCCCAACAUCUACUACGACCCUCCCUUUUCCUACCUAGCUAUUACACAAUUUAUGUGGCCCGAAACCCUGGCCAGGAUAGCGAACACGAGUGAAUGCGAUGUCAUGCAUCUUGAUCAAUGCUACCAACAUCUCAUCCCUGCAUAUAAGGACGAUUUGAAUAGAAGCCUAUGCUACACAACGACAGACACGCAAAAUGCGCCUACAUUUUCAGGAGUAGUAGGAUUCAACGUAGAUAAUUUCUGUAAGGCGAGCGCUACUAUGGAUGGACUAACAGCGGGCAAAGGCUCUACAGUGAGCAAAUCGUGUACCACGCCGUGUGGGGGUUUCGGGACACUCGUAUGGCACCAACUUCCUUGGUCCAUGCAAGGCUCCGCAGACUUCCGGACAAGCAUGCUUCGACGACGACCAUGUGCUGUGCUUCUUGAAGCAAUGUGCAAGGAAAUACAGCGAGAUAAAAGCGCUGUCCCGUCGUAACUGGAACCUACCAGACAGCCAUUACGACGAAAUGGAUGCCUGUGCUAAAUAUCCAUGACAUGACGUUCAUCUGCUCCAGAUUACCUGGUCGUGUCGUGCUUGGUACUUCGAUUCGUCUAAGUGGCUGCUGCCGCUGUCUUGUGUUCAAUAUUGCUGUUCAAUAUGUCACUCUAUAACAGAUUGAUGCUCAUUUGCCACUUGUGCGAUAAUUGUUCAAACUGUGCUACAAGAGCUAUAACGUGAGGUUGCGUAAAGUUGGAGGCAACUCAAAACGCGGCUGAUUCUUGGAUGGUUAUCCUACAUCACGCGCUCUGAGUGCCGUCAAACUACUUUGCAAGUGUAGGUUAUCCGGAUGGUUUUAAAUUUGGUUUGCGAAUGUCAAGGCGAACGACAGGACAGAGAUAACCAUGACACAUUACGCGUUUUAAAUACGCAAUAACACUUGUCACUUGUACACCUGGUUCGGUUGGGUUAGGUUAAAGGGAGACUCCGCAAGGAUUUUUUUUUUUUUGUAAAGGUGAGCAUCACACCGAACACGGAGCACUUCUCGAUGCCGAAUACAACAAACUAAUGCUUUUUGCGCUGGUAGUUAAUUCGUAAAUGAUGACAAUGACAAUGACAAUGAUGAUGACCGAAAUGCGAAGAGCAAAAGAAAAAAAACAAAAGUUCCGUACUAGGGUGUUUCGUCCGGAGCAGGAUACUAUGACGUCACCCACCAGCAUUAUCGUCCGCUUGGAAACCUGUGUUCUCCUCGGAUGACGUCAGCAGUAAGGUGGACUAGUGUUAGUGGUCUAUGCGAAGCAUUGCAGGCGUGUACCCCUCGAUUCAAGCCGGGCACGUGAUCUUUGACAAAAUGCGAUUGCCGCACACAAAGCGUUUUUUUUUUUUCGAACUGCGACGACCUCAGUGUUCCAGUGUGUGGCUAUUUUCAGUGUAGAAGUUUUCUUUUUUUUUUUUUCAAAGCAGCUUGCUUGUGCAGCUCACAAAGCAGCUAUUUCAUGUGACCGUGUCAGAAGACUCAACGUGCUAGAUCGCGGUUUUACUAGUGGAAUAGUUUUGCGCCCUGAUAACAGGUACCCUUCACAAACUUAUUGAGUGGUUCAUUGCACUUUUUUUCUUCCUCUGAGCUUUUUGCUUCGUCAUGGAGGACAAAAAGUGUAAGUGUCCCACUUACGUACGUCCAUGCAUAGAUUAUGAACCGUGCACUUGUUUAUUGAGACUAUUUGUGUCAGAGUCGAACCAAUCUGAAACGAACACUGUUACUAACAGUCACUCACCCUGACGGGAGGACAUCACGUUCCACGUGACCUUCCGACGCCACUCGCUCAAACGUCGCCCACCUACGCAUUGCUGAUGAAGGCCCAAUAAGGCCGAAACAGCUGUCCAAUGCUGGUGUGGCGACGUAUUUUUCCUCAACUGUUACUAACCGUUAUUUUUGGCCGAGCCGGAACUGCACCAAACCGCAACCGUAAACGCCGUUUUGGAGCUGAACUAGAACUGAACCGUUGCGCGGUUGCGCAACUUUGAAGGUUGCGCGUGAACAUAAAAACACAUUUUUCUUUUUCUUUUGAUUAAUUACUGCAGUGACCCGCUUCGGCAGGAGAUUUUUCUCUAAAAGAUGUCCACUGAAGGUGCCAAAGGGGUAGUAGCCACAUCGAAAGCGACGGCGCCAUGAAUAAUGUUUUUGCGUGAAAUUCAUUUGAAUUUUUAUUUAAAUAAUGACCGCCUCCCACUCAUUCAGCGCAGCUUGUAGGAGGGGUCAGACAGAUACUUAACAAAUGAACAUUCUUAUAAAAAGAUAAACAUAUGUAAUUAUAUAAGAAUACAAAUAUACAAGUUCUUCGAUUGGUGCACCGGUUCGCGAAUUUAACUGAAACAUCCGAUAUAUUGCUCUCCUCGCUGAGGGGGAUGGCAGUCCCUCCAUGGCACCGUCACUGCUAGCAGAUAACAAUGUUUAUCUUUCGUCAUGAAAAGAGUUGACGGCGUCCGCCGCGAUGAGCUAUUUCUGUCAACGAUACUUUAGGUGGUCAUGCUUAACCUUCAUAGACAUAAGCCGUAAGCAUAAGUAAGCAUAAGUAGUCAGCCGUUGAGCCGUUUGUUUGCGAUGGGAUAAUGUAUCAAUUGUCUCUGUUGUAAAUGUGAUGAUUGUUAUUGAAUGAAGUUAUGCGGUGUUAAACUUUGUUAAAGAUUGUUUGUGUAACGUUAAUGUUGUAUGCUGAUGAUCAAAAAUAGUGGAGGCCUCACUCAGACAAUCCAUCUUCCUUAAAUGCGUGAUAUACGGAUGAUGAACUGCCAGCUUCUCCGCGCAGACUGAAAAACAUCCAAGUUGGCUUCGUGAGCCUUAUUCUUGUCAUUGAAGCUCGCGCAUACCGACAUUAACGUACUGGUUGAGAUAACAUACAGAUAAUGCACAGAAAACAUAUUUCAGAAACUGCAUGUAUGUGUGGCAUUUGCGGGGCUCUCUGCCCUGGUCAAGGUGAAACACAGCGCAUGCAAGAAAGAAUACAUACUCUUGAGCUAAUGGCUCAGAAGCUGUCACGUGACGAUUAGUUCGGCGGAAAUCUGGUGAUUCAGUCGCGCGCGAUCGAGACAGAUGUGGAACCAUCUAGUAGCGAGAGUACUAUCCAUCGCUCAGCACACCUCUAAUUCUAGUUCACUAUAUCAGAAGUGUGUUUAUCUGAGCGACCUAUAGCUUCACAGAGAAGCUCGCUUUGUAAUAAAUAUACGCAGUUCUGGAACGAGAUAUUUUCGAUAUACCACAUCCUUUGUCGUGAUUUCGUUGCUGAGUCAGGAGGACAGGCGACAAGCCGAGGACAAACGGCAGAGGACAAUAAGAAUGUACGCGUGUGUGCACUGCCGCGCAUUUUAGUAUUUCAGAUCUGCCGCUCAACGUAAGCAACUACGAAGGAAGUCCACCCUGUAAGCAAUGUUUCAAGCUUAGCUGUGUAAACGUAGUGUAGUAUUUGGUGCAAUUGCCUUGCAAUAAAGCUUCGAUAUCAAUCAGAGU